CCUAAAAUGGCGAACCAAAUCGGCUUGUGCCCUCUAGCGGUCGAGAAGAAAGCAACCGAGUUCAUCAAACCUUCAAAACAAAUACCUUCACAAAUACUGUCUCUUUCCACAUUAGAUAAUGACCCUUACAACGAAGUUAUGUACUGCACAAUUUACGUAUACCAAGGAAGAAACAAAACUUAUGAACCUGAAUCCCUUCUUAGAGAGGCUCUGUCCAAUCUUCUUGUCCACUACUAUCCUCUCUCGGGCAAGUUGACCAGGCGAGAAUGCGACAGGAAGCUUCAGCUCAGAUGUAAUGGCGAGGGCGUGCCUUUUACUAUCGCUACAUCAAAUCUCAAGCUCUCUUCUCUCAGCUAUCUAGAUGGGAGUAUUGAUUUCGGUACUGUAUCUUUGCUCGUGCCCAAAACUGACGAUGAGAACUAUGAUAAGGAGAUCGGUUACCACCCUUUGGCUUUGCAGGUAACCAAAUUCCUAUGCGGAGGAUUCACAAUUGGGACAGCAUUGACGCAUGCGGUGUGUGAUGGAUUUGGAGUGGCUCGUUUUAUCAGUGCCUUGACCGAGUUGGCGGCCGGAAAGAGGGAGCUGACGGUGGUUCCGAUAUGGGAGAGAGAUCGGCUCGUCGGAAUUCCUGAUAACCGACCCGUUGAAAUCCCCGGAGCAGAAAACUCUAACCUUUUGGCUAUUUCACCUUAUAUGCCAAGUCAAGACCUGGUUAGUGAGACAGUCAACGUUAGUGCCGAUACUAUAAAGAGGUUGAAAGAAGCUUUAACGAAAGAAUCUGACUUUCAAAAAGAGUCUCUUACAACGUUCGAAGUUCUUGGAGCUUACAUGUGGAGAUCAAGAACUCGAGCCCUAAACCUAAACCCAGAUGGAAUAGUUGUGUUCGGUUUAGCAGUUGCAAUAAGAUCGGACAUGGAUCCUCCUUUGCCUAAUGGGUACUACGGCAACGCAUGCAUAGACAUGCACGUGGAGUUAACGGCAAGAGAAUUAAACGAAUCGCCCAUCUCUGAGAUUGUGAAACUCAUAAAAGAAGCCAAGAGAAAAGCUCACGACAAGGAUUACGUUCAAGCGGAACUAGGAAACAAAGAGAAGCUGUUGAAGAUUGACGAUUGGUUCGGGGAAAGAGACGACGGGCUGAUGUUCUUGACGGACUGGAGGAACAUAGGAUGGUUCGGGUCGUUGGAUUUCGGAUGGGGAGAGCCGGUGAAUCUGCUGCCGGUGGUCCCGUCGGAAAAAGCCGUAGAUCUCGGCAUGCUUUUGAAGCCUUCGAGGUUGGAUCCGUCAAUGGAGGGAGGGAUCAAAAUGGUUAUGACAUUGCCAAGAGAUGCCAUGCUGAAAUUCAAGGAAGAGAUGGAUGUUCUCAACAAGGUUGGAGAUGGUGCUUAUGGUGCCUAAUUACUCUUGUUCUUAAUCCAUAUCAGUACAUGAAUAAUGGUGUUAAACUUAUUGAUCAAAGCUUAAUAAACGUAAGAUUAUGUCAUGUCAAUCGUUGUAUGUUGUCGUUGACGUAUCAUGAAUCUAUAUAUUGUUGGGUUUA